AUGAAAAAUGAAAGAGGCGAUUUUACUCCAGAACCAAAUUUUUUGUUUUAUGCAUUGAAACAAAGAUUUGAAGACUCUGACUACACGUACCGUUACUUGUCAGAAGAGGAACAGAGUGACAGCUUUUUGCUACAUGAGAAUCACAGGAAUCGGAUGAAGUCGGUCGCUUGGUUCCCCAUGGAAAACGGAAGACGUAUUCAAGUGAAAUUUGUUGAAUAUGACCCACUGAUUGAUUCGAGCAACAUGUGUUGUAACAAUUGGAUACAAAUAGCAAAAGAUAUCAAGAAAGAAUAUGACCAGUUUGAUGGCUUUGUUGUACUUCAUGGUACUGACACAAUGGCCUACACAGCUUCAGCACUGGCAUUUAUAUGUCAUAACCUUGGCAAACCGAUCAUCCUUACAGGAUCUCAGAUUCCUGUAAUUGAAUUACGAAGUGAUGGAUAUGUAAAUUUUAUUUCCUCUUUGGUUGUAGCUUGUUCUUGUAUUCCAGAGGUAAUGUUAUGUUUUGAUGCCAAAGUCUUCCGUGGAUGUCGAGCGAUCAAAAUUGACACAGGGGCCUUUGAUGCUUUUGACUCUCCCAAUAUGGCACCCUUAGUAAAACUAGGGUUUAAAAUUCAGGUUAAUUCCACAGCUGUUCAAAGACCAAAGAAAUUAGAGAAGUUCUUUGUCAACACCAAACUCUGCCCAGAUGUUGCAGUGCUUCACUUGUUACCGUCAAUGUCCAUUGCAACUGUGAAGUCUAUUUUAAAUUCCGAAAUCAAAGGACUUAUUAUCCAAACGUUUGGUGCUGGGAAUGCUCCAAGUAAAAAUACAGAAUUUAUUAAGUUGUUAAAAGAAGCUUCAGAAAGAGGAUUAGUGAUUGUCAACGUCACCCAAUGUCAUAAAGGUUCAGUUGCAAGAUAUUAUGCUGUUGCUGAGGGCAUUCAAGAAGCCAAAGUUGUGAGCAGUGGUGACAUGACCCUUGAGGCUGCUAUUACAAAACUUAUGUUUUUGCUUGGUCAGGAAGAAUUAUCCGUAGAAGAAAAAAGAACGUUAAUGAGUAAAAACCUUCGGGGAGAAAUCACUGUUGUGCAGAAGGAUGAGUCUGCACUGAGUUUGGAAAUUAUUGAAAAGUUGGCAGAUACAUUGAACCUAAGUACAUUUGAGGAAACUAACAAACUCCGAGAUAUGAUCUUUCCCAACUUGAUGUGUGGUGCUGCCAAAAUGGGUGAACUAGAAACGUUGAAAAAACUGAAAGAUAAGGGAGGUAAUUUAUCUUCUGCAAACCAAGAUGGCCGAACACCCCUCCAUUUUGCAGCUAGAGAAGGGUUGGUGUCUGUAGUUAAGUAUUUGCUUGAAGAGGGUGCCAGUGUUCAUCAGUGUGAUAGCAACAACAAUACUCCAUUAAUGGAUGCCAUUUAUGGAAAUAGAUUUGAUGUCAUUCCCUUAUUAGUCCGUACAGGAGCCACCAUUCACAUCCGGAACAGUGUGAGGAUAGCAACGGAAUUAUGCUGUGCGGCAGAUUUAGAUGAUGUUGACACAAUACAUUCAUGGCACAUAGCUGGAGCUGAUCUGAAUUGUUCAGAUUAUGACAAACGGACUGCUCUACAUGUGGCCAUGAACUCCAAGAGAGAGAAUGCAAUAAAAUACUUGCUGAAUAAUGGUGCUGACCCUGAUGCCAAGGACCAAAGUGGCAAGACACCCAGAGACUAUGCAAAGAAAAACGGGAUUUUACAUUUGUUAAAUUGA